UGUGUGACCCCCUCCCCCUCCCCCCCCCGGCUAUGGCGCCUCAGAAACACGGCGGCCCCGACCAACACCGGACCACCCCCGGGGGGAGCGGCGCCCAUCAAGAGGGCCAAGAUGGAGCAGAUCCGGCACGACCACGAGCUCUUCCUGCAGGCCUUCGAGAAGCCCACCCAGAUAUAUCGCUUUCUGAGGACACGGAAUCUUAUUGCUCCAAUAUUUUUGCAUCGGACGCUCACAUACAUGUCACACCGCAACUCCCGAUCAAAUGCCAGAAGGAAAACGUUUAAGAUUGAUGAAUUGCUGCUGAAGGUGGAGAAAAUGAAAGGAGACCAUGAGAUAGACAGUCUUUCAGCUCACCUGCAGCUAACGUUCACCGGCUUCUUCCAUAAGAGUGAUAAACCCACUCAGAACUCUGAGAAUGAACAAAGCUCCGUCACACUGGAGGUCCUCCUGGUCAAAGUCUGCCACAAAAAGCGCAAGGAUGUGAGCUGCCCUAUCAGACAGGUCCCCACCGGGAAGAAACAGGUGCCUUUAAAUCCUGACCUCAGCUCUUCGAAACCCGUCAGCUUCCCCUCGCUGGCCAUGUCCAGCAACGAGUUUGAACCCAGCAACAGCCACAUGGUGAAAUCCUAUUCUCUGCUCUUCCGAGUCACCCGGCAGGGUCACCGCGACUACAACGGCUUGUCAAACGGAGAGACCAAUGAGAACAUAGAUGUCACAGAGGACCCUCCGACCAGGCGGAAACGCAACGCCUCUAACCGGGACGACGACAAGACGUUUGUGGCCCAGAUGACGGUGUUUGACAAGAACAGGCGUCUCCAGCUACUGGACGGUGAAUAUGAAGUGGCCAUGCAGGAGAUGGAGGAUUGUCCGGUCAAUAAGAAGAGGGCCACAUGGGAGACCAUCCUGGACGGCAAGCGCCUGCCUCCCUUUGAGACCUUUUCUCAGGGUCCAACCUUACAUUUUACCCUGCGAUGGACAAGUGACACGCCGGAUAAAUCCACCGCGCCCAUCGCCAAGCCUCUCGCAACACGCAACUCCGAAAGUGUCCCCCAGGAACACAGGCCGGCAGCUGUCAAACCUGCACAGACUAUAGCAGUGAAGGAGUCUGUGUCCUCCGAUCUUCCAUCAAAGAGAGAGAAGGAUGUCUCCACCGAGCCUCGCCAGAAGCUGCGCAUAUUUUACCAGUUUUUAUACAACAACAACACCCGGCAGCAGACGGAGGCCAGAGAUGACCUGCAUUGUCCAUGGUGCACGCUUAAUUGUCGCAAACUCUACAGUUUACUGAAACACCUCAAACUAUGUCACAGCCGCUUCAUCUUCAAUUAUGUGUAUCACCCCAAAGGUGCUCGGAUCGAUGUCUCCAUCAAUGAGUGCUAUGAUGGAUCGUAUGCUGGGAACCCUCAGGACAUUCAUCGCCAGCCGGGAUUUGCUUUCAGUCGGAAUGGUCCCGUGAAGAGGACCCCCAUAACUCACAUCCUUGUGUGCAGGCCGAAGCGCACCAAAGCCAGCAUGUCGGAGUUCUAUGAGUCUGAGGACGGAGAGGUGGAGCAGCAGAGGACAUACAGCAGCGGCCAUAACAGACUGUACUUCCACAGUGACACCUGCCUUCCUCUCCGACCCCAGGAGAUGGAGGUGGACAGCGAGGAUGAGAAGGACCCCGAGUGGCUGAGGGAGAAAACCAUCACUCAAAUUGAGGAAUUCUCUGACGUCAAUGAGGGGGAGAAGGAAGUGAUGAAGAUGUGGAACCUGCACGUCAUGAAGCACGGGUUCAUUGCUGACAAUCAGAUGAAUCACGCCUGCAUGCUGUUUGUGGCAAACUAUGGGCAGAAGAUCAUUGAGAAGAAUCUGUGCCGUAACUUCAUGCUGCACCUGGUCAGUAUGCACGACUUCAACCUCAUCAACAUAUCCACCAUAGACAAAGCCGUGUCCAAACUGCGAGACAUGCAGUACAAGCUGGAGAGGGGCGAGUCCCCACCCUCCGCCCCCGAGGAGUGUGCCGAAGAGCUGCACCCGCCCACCAAUGGCUUCACUGAGACCAAUGGCAGAGAGAGAGCUUUAGAAAACGACGAGAGCGCGUCAGGGGUCCCGAAACAGAGCAAGAAGCAGCGCCUGUAG